UCUCCCUUGGAAUUAAGGCUGGUUUUCGAGUGGUUCAAUAACCCUUAGUCUUUUUUCGUUAAAUCGACGCUUGCAUUCACUAGUUAUACGUGACUUUCCGUAUUUUUAGUAAUUGUUCAACAUAGUAAAUGGUAUAGAAUUUUUUUUAAGCGAAGCACCAUUUUUCUUCUUUUAUUAAACCAUGUCAGUUUGUGAUGUGUUAGCAGUUUUAGACAACAAUAAUCGUUUAUUCAAAAGCCAUCUGAUCUCGUCAUGUCUGGACUAUUGAGAUAAUAUAGGCUGUUAAUCUUAAGGUGAUGUUAACAAUUUCCUUUUCAUUAGUAAUGACAUUUGAGGUAACGAGUUAAAGGUGUUUGUUAUCAUUCUAAAACCGUUUUACCAAAAAAUGUUUUUAUUUCACCUUUUCAAAAUUGUUUGUUCCUGUUGGUCCAGUGCUUAUUUUCUGUGCAGUUUGCUAUGUAGGCUACGCGUGUAAACCGCUUUUGUUUGACAGACUGUUAUCAGUGUGUACUGAUGUGCCUCCAUUUAAUACUAUACUACUGUAAGUAAUAUUACAUUACAAGUGUUCCUCAACUAAAUACUGUACCUGACCAGAAAGAAAAACAUCACCCGCUUCCUGAGCACCCAAAACGAAACGAUGGGUUUCGCAAGGAUUUUCGAGACUCCAUCACCCUAUGGUUCCCUGAAUGCGAACGACUCGCUGACUAUAGGGUCUGUGCAAUUCCUGGAACCCCAAUUUCAACAUUCUAUGGAGUAUUCAAGCAGUCUUCUAAAAUCCUACGGUGAUACAAUUUUGAAUGAUGCUUCUGCUGCGAGGGUCAUGCGAUCCUUGGGGACUGAAAGUUUAGAUGCUACCAGUAGUCCCAGGAUGUCCCACUCGCCUGGUUCCUCCUCAAGAUGUCCUGCUCCUGUUGGGUUUUCCGUCUUCUCAUUUCUAAGUUUCAUGAUGAUUGUCCUCAACACCGUGGUCAACGCUGUGGAUGUCGUUAAUAACAAUAACAACAAUAAUAAUAACAAUAACAACAACAACAACAAUAAUAACAAUAAUAAUAAUCAAAAUUUCAAUAUGGUGGUAAACAUGAAUAUGGACGAAGCCGGGGGAGGGCUGGGAAGAAGUCUCGGUCCAGAAAAGGACAGGAAAACGGCACCAGUCUCCGUGAAAAACACCUCUUCCGUCAUGACGGAAAGCCUCACAAACAGAGAAAAGGCAGAAGGGAACGAUUACGAAGAGACUUCAGAACACAUGAAGGAGUUACGGAAAAGAAUCCUACAAUCACCAUGGGACAUGAGAAUAGGAAUGGCUCCUGAGUAUGUGGGGAGUGGCUGUGACACUACAGAUGUGGAACUUCUUUCCGUGACUCGUAAUGUCGUUGUGAUGUGGGCUUCGAAGGUUGCAACUGCAUUUCCUGAUUGCAUUGGCCGAGUUUUUUGCACUGUGACUUCACGUCUUCAGAGUCCUUGGCGGGAAGCUGUCCUUUGGUCCCUGUCAACUUCUAGAGUGCCUGCUUCAACUUUAAGCAAAAUGGAAGCAGCUUCUGCAAGCCCACUAUUAUGCCAGACAAACUAUGAAGAAUGUCCUUUAUUUCCAUGAUGGAAGCAACUAUUAAUCAUAUGCGAAGAUGUCAUCAAGACGUAGUAGUUAUUAGGUAUCCUGCAAUGUAUGAAAUUUAAUCACAGAAAACAUAUCUACGUUAGGAUUUCCUUCCCGGGAUCCCGGGAUUUUGGACUAAAAUGUGCCUCUUAUUUUUCCCGGGAUUUGAGAAAGAGGAGAGAGAGAGAGAGAGAGAGAGAGAGAGAGAGAGAGAGAGAGAGAUUCGCUUGCUUGCUGCACAGAAAUGACCAGUACCGAUCUUGUACAUUUCACGUCCCGUUCUAAGCCUCUCCUGUCUCUCUACUUGGAAAAGAACUAAUGCUGAAACUGGACUCAAAAACGAGGUGUAACAGUUUGCUGGACAUGUUAGAGCGAUUUCUUGAGGUAAAAAGUUCUUUGGCAAGAGCCAUGAUUGACUGUGAUAUUGAAAUGGACAUUACAAACAGUGAAUUUGGGGUAAUAAAUGACUUGGUUAAAGCACUCCAGCCAGUGACAAUAGGGUCAGAAAGGCUGGGAAACAGAAGUACAACUUUGCUUAGUUCGGAGGGUAUAUUUUCAUUCAUAUUAAAAGAACUGGAUGAGCAGAAUUCUCCAUUUUCAGUUGAGCUGAAAAGUUCCUUAUUCGAAAGAAUAAAGGACAGGAGGAAAAAAGCUCUUGGCCUUAUGAAAUACCUUCAUUGUGGAAAAUAUUAUGAUAACUGUGAAGGAGUGCUACCAGCAUUGCCAGCAAAGUCCACUCUUGUAGAUGCAGCUAAGAAGAUGUUUACAAGAAUGUUUGUAAUACCCAACAAAGAGGACCCAGGUUUUGAGCCACAACUAUCAGAAGGUAAUGAGAAUGUGGAUAUAUCUAUUGAAGAAGAAAUGACACUUGCACAUAAACUCCAGGCAGCAAUAGAACAGGUUCACAGCAUAAGCAAAAAGGAGUAUGGUUGCAAACAUAUAGGAAAGGAAUUUAAUGUGUUUGUGGUAACAGGAGAGAGAAGACAAAAUUUAGAAAAAAUAUUCCAGGCCCUCAAAAAUGUACCACCAACAUCAGUUGAAGCUGAAAGGGCUUUUUCAGCUGCUGGACUCUUUAUUACAAAACUAAAAACCAGGUUAACUGAUCGCAGUAGUGAUCGUUUGUGUUUUUGAAGAGCUACUAUAUCAAUAACUCAUAGAUAAUGUUAUGUAACUCGAAAAUGUUUUUAGUUUAUUUUAUGCAACUCCAAAAAAAUUUAGUUUAAUUUAUGUAACUCAAAAUAAUUCUAGUUUAUUUUAUGUAACUCAAAUAAAUUCUUGUCUAUUUUAUGUAGCUCAAAAAGUUCUAGUUUAUUUUAUGUUGCUCAAAAAAAUUCUAGUUUAUUUUUCCAAAAGUUAAAACUUACUGAAAUCAGCAGAAUUGUUAUCCUAUUACAGUAGCUUCUAAUUCUAAAUUACAUUGAUUUAGUUUCAAUAUAAUGGUU